AUGGAGCUCUCCUUCUUGGUUUUACUACUGCUGAUUACAACCCCCGUCGUCGUCAGUCAGCAAGAUUUCCUGAGCAUCGACUGCGGCGUGGAAGCCAACUUCAGCGGCAAUACGGACAAGUCCACCGGCAUCGUCUACGUCUCCGACGAACCCUACACCGACGCCGGCGAUAACCGCAGGAUCGCCCCCGACCGCGAGGGGCGGUUGGAGCCCCGUUUUCAAACGCUGAGGAGCUUCCCGUCCGGCGAGCGGAACUGCUACGCGCUGCCCACCGUCGCCGGGACGAAAUACCUGGCGCGGGCGGAGUUCGCCUACGGCAACUACGACGGCAAGAACAGCUCGUCGCUGGAGUUCGACCUGCACCUGGGGCCCAACCGCUGGGAAACUUUCCAGCUGGGACCUGGAGAAGCGUCGUCGAGCGACUACUAUCGACGCGAGGCGAUCUUCGUCGCGUGGGCAGGCUGGGCGCCGUUGUGCUUCGUGAACACCGGCGGCGGCACGCCGUUCGUGAACGUCGUGGAGCUCAGGCCGCUCGGGGCCGGCCUCUAUCCGCAGGUCGCACCCGGUCUGAUCAUUUCCCGGUAUCCUGCCGAUCCAUAUGGCCGUUAUUGGUGGAACGGGUACGCGGCUGGUAACCCACGGUGGGUGGACGAAUUGACCACACAACCCAUUGCGCCGGACGACAUUUUUGCCGUGCCCUCGAUCGUUCUGCAGACAGCCGUCGCGGCUGCGGGCAACGCCACAGCUCUCACCGCCACAACGUGGCAAGACGACACGGCGAAGCUGCGGUUCAUGGUCCUGCUGCACUUCGCAGACUUUCAGAACACCCAGUUUCGACAGUUUGACAUCUACCUAGACGAAAAUAGGUUGGUACCGGUACGGAAGUCCUACAGCCCCUCGUACCUGAGGUCGUCCUCUGUGUCCGUGGAAUCCUACAGGGCUACUGACGGCAAGUACAGCAUCACUCUUGUUCCGACCAACACCUCCGUGCUGCCUCCCAUCAUCAAUGGGCUCGAGAUCUACGUUCGCGUCCCGUACGAGAACCCGGUGACACUCCCUCAAGAUUGUAAGACCAUCUCUCUCGUCUCUGUUAAUCUUUCUAGAAUUUACUUUUAA